UUAUUUUCCACAUCAGAAAGGUGGAGUUGCAUUUUCAAACAACUUCAACCCGAACAGCGAAGACAGUGAGUAACAGAAAACUGAUAAGGAACAUUUCCUUCACCGGCGGCGGAUACAUGACCGGCGAAGAAUACUCCGGUCCACCAGGACCCAAACUCAUGCGUCUCGUAUACUUCGUCGGCGCCGCAGUGGCCGUCACCGUUGCAAUCAACAAAUGGCGCGAGUUCGAAAGUAAGUCAAUUAUCCAACAACAGCAGCAGCAGAAGGGAGUCAAGGUAGUUGCAGAGAUUCCAAAUUCGUCGGAUUCUGUUGCUGUUCAUAAAGCUCUCAAAUAAGGAUGUCUUAUUCAUGAGUAUAAUAAAAUCCGAAGGGUUGGUGGUCUAUUGGAGCAUGAUAUAGGUUGAACAUGACACAUUGUGGAAGAACCCUCCACUAGUCCAUUUGGUGUGAGGUAGAUGUUAUUUUCUUUGUAAGUGCUUCAUGAUCCUCAAGAUUUUCCCAUUUUGUAACGGUGCAUUAUUCUCACACCUUAAGUGUGUUCUUGUUUAAAAUGUUAUAAGGGUGUACAGUGUAAGAGUUAGAGUAAUUAAACACUAAUUCAUUUCUAAUUUUCUAUUCAACCAAAAAAAGUUGAAGAAUUUUACACUUUUUUCCAAGAAUAUGUAAUUUUAUUUCAUUUUCUUU